AUGCCACAAUUAGUACCUUUUUUUUUUGUAAAUCAAGCUUUAUUCGUUUUUAUUUUAUUAAGUUUUAUAACUUACACUUUUAGUAAAUAUAUUUUACCUAGAUUAGUUCAUUUAUUUUUAACACGUUUAUUUAUAAAUAAAUUAUAA